CAGUGCAGCUCAUACGUGCAAGGAUCCGCCACUGGAGGGAUUGACCGUUGAGCUGUGUGUAUGUGGAAGAGGACUUACUAUGCCAUAGUGCCUAUCUCUGAAAAAUCUAGGAAUGUGGGCUAUUAAUUGCUAACGAGAAAAACAUUAAUAACACACGCCGCCAGUUAUGCGUGUUUCACGGUAAGUUGGAGAGAUCAUCUGUAGUAAACACCCUGAAUCCGUGGACCAUUUGGCCAGUGUCACCAUAACAACCCUGAGGCAAGGGAGGCCCCACCCACUGGCCAGGUGGGCUAAUUCCUGGGUGGUGUGCUGCAACUCAUUAACUGUGAUAUCUCGGUGCCACCAACCAGUAUCAUGUCGAUGUUCAGCACAGGUGUCCUGGUGCUGACCUCUCCUCUCCAUACACUCCCAUUGCGCAUCGCUCCGGUGCUUAGCUAUGCCUCGCAGCUAGUAGAGCGCACGUUGUACGUCCACCUCCAACCCGGACUUAAUCUGGCAAAUGGAAACCAGCCUUGGCCGGUUUUUAUUCCACCCGUAGUGGAUGUGUCCACUCUCAUCUCGUGCCUUUACAGCAAGGCAGCGGAUGUUUGUGGGCACCUGGACGUACGGGUCUUGCUGACCAACAUCGGUUCUCAGUCAUCUGCCAGCAGCGGGAACGCAGUCACGUCCUGCCCCUUCCCUACCCCUCAGCAUCUGUCUCACUCUCCCGACGUGCUGUUGACAGACUUCCCUCUGAAGGACCGCGGUCAGUCCCAUCAGAUCACCCAGUGCUUACAGAAAUACACCGGCCACUGCUACGUCUGCGGCCCCAGCCUGCCUUCAGUGCUACUUCACCCACAGUUGAUGAAGCUGCUGGAGAAAGAGGAAGAGCAGAAGGAGCCUGAAAAGCAACCAGAGGUCCUGGGAACUUACACCGACGUGGUGGUGGGGGGGACGUUCGACCGGCUCCAUGGGGCCCACAAAACGCUGCUCAAUAUCUCCUGCCUGCUGACAAACAAAAGGUUACUCAUCGGAGUGUGUAGUGAAAUAAUGUUACAAAAAAAAGUUCUGAAGGAGCUAAUUGAGCCCUACUCUCUGCGGGUGCAGAAACUUAAAGAGUUUUUGGAAGACAUCAAACCUUCCAUAGAGUGUGAGAUUGUGCCCCUCGAUGACCCUUUUGGGGAGUCUGUGGUUGACCCUCUGCUGCAGUGCAUCGUGGUUAGCGAGGAAACGAGACGGGGAGGUGAAGCAGUGAACAAGAGGCGUGCAGAUAACGAUCUUCCAGCUCUUGUUAUUCAUGAGAUCCAGUUGCUCAAAGACGCCCAUCACUCCGAGGUGGAGGAAGAGAAAAUCAGCUCCUCAAGUCUACGCUCUCGACUCCUCGGGACCCUGCUCACUCCACCUAGAGAGUCUUCUCAUCUCCCCCCUCUUCCGUACGUGAUUGGUCUAACAGGAGGCAGCGGCAGUGGUAAGAGCUCCAUCGCCAUGCGCCUGGAGGCGUUGGGUGCAGUUCGCAUUGACUGUGACAAACUGGGCCAUGAGGUGUAUGAGCCGGGAACAGCAGCUUACAACAGAGUACUGGAGGAGUUUGGAGCCGAUAUCAUGAAUGAUGACAAAACUAUAAAUAGACGCGCACUAGGAAAGACAGUAUUUGGAAACCAGGAGCGGUUAAAAGCCUUGACAAAUAUUCUGUGGCCUGAAAUAGCACUUCUAGUGAAGAAGAGAAUCAACCAAGCCAGAGAAGAAGGUGAACGGAUUUGCGUGGUUGACGCGGCCGUUCUGCUGGAGGCCGGCUGGACUGACAUGGUCCACGAGGUGUGGGUGUCCGUGAUACCAGAGGAGGAGGCCAUAUUGAGGAUACAGGAGCGAGAUGGAGUGACCAGAGAGGAUGCUCUGCGCAGACUGGAGAGUCAGUGGCCGGCCGCCAAACAAGUGCAACACGCCAACGUAGUGCUGAGCACACUGUGGGAGCCAGAGGUCACACAGAAACAGGUUUUAAAAGCUUGGAAACUUCUUCAGAAAAGAAUUCAAAAAGGAGCAGGAAGUCAGUAGGAAUGUUUAAGUCACUGUGUGAUGGUACUUCAGACCAACCGACCCACCACUUUACAUGACCGGUCCCCAGGAGGAGGUUUGCCUUACAAGGAAGAGAAGAGGUGCAACGUGACCUCUGCACAUCUUCAGUCCGAGACAUCUGUGCCUGAUUGACUGAGUUGAGGUUUUUUAAAUGGUGGAAUUUUAAAUACGACAUCAUGGAACAACCAAAUGAUUUCUGUUACUUAUUGUUGUUGUGUUAUAGUUCACUAAUUUGAUGGUAGUUAUUUCCUCAGAUUGCUCUUUCUGGCACUUUGUCAGCCGGUGACACUUUAUGGAGUCUGUCCUCUUAUUAUUAUUAUUAUUAUGGCUUUUGACAUUAGUGAAUGUAGCUCAGAAAGUAAUUGAAUACUGGACAAGUUCUAAUUUUAUACUUCCAGGGUCUGUAUAUGAAGAAUAUCUCAAUAUUCAAUCAUGGCCACACAUUAAAAAGGUAAACGCUGACCACGUUAUUAAUGGUUGUUACUUUUAACAGCCAGUGCACUGUGUUUCAGGAAGGUAGUAUAAACAGAUCCAUUCAUAGUUGAUUUACACAUUUUUAACCAGCUGCACCGUUCAAAUGAAUGGCAUCAGUCGAAAGAGGCAGAGAGGUUUGAACCUGAUGUGAAUGUGUUGGACCUAAUUUAAUGUCGUGUCAGUGUGAGUGUCUCAUGGGAGAAGCCUAGCCUACUUGGUGUGGUGGUUUUAACUGGGCAUUUGGUGGGUGAAAGUACGAAUUAUUAAGGCAGUGUGUUUAAAAGCAUGCAAUGUGUAUCCUGCAAAACAUUGUGAUAUUUUCAUGUAACAGAGAAUAAACAAUUUAAUGUAAAAAAACAAA